GAUCGGCGGCUGUUCUUUUAGCUCCUUCCCGAAUCACCAGCCGCCAUCUGUGCGUCGGAGGGUUCAGUUCACGUGUGGUGUGACUCCUAAUAAUGCAAUGGGAGAGAGGAGAGACAAACAGGGUGAGGGUGGGGCCUGCAGAAGAGGAGGAUGUGGGGUCGCGUUCGUCUGAGCCGUCAGCUUUCCAACGGUUGAGAAGAUUGCAGAAAUUGCGCGGGAGUGAUCGGAAAAGCAUUAAUUCUGACUCUGACGCCUUUGCCACGGGUGGUGGACCAGCCGGAUGGGGCACAAGUACACUAUCUGAUGAACGGUCCAGAUAUAACGCAUAUAAUAUCGGUUGGUGAAGAAAAACAUGAGAGUUGACCAUAAGAAAGCCAAUGCUGUGGGAACCCAUUCACUAAGCUGUGUCAUGAUGGGGGGCAUCUGGGGAGGACUCACUAUCUUAUUUAACGGAGUGAGAGAGGAGAGACUAUAUGGUAUUGGAUGUUAAUGGACAAAAUUAACUUGCUUGUUAGUU